AUGGGCCGUAUUCCAUGCUGUGAGAAGGAUAACGUAAAAAGAGGGCAGUGGACACCUGAGGAAGAUAACAAGCUCUCUUCCUACAUUUCUCUACAUGGAACUCGCAACUGGCGUCUCAUCCCCAAGAAUGCUGGCCUCCAGAGAUGUGGCAAGAGCUGCCGGCUAAGGUGGACUAAUUAUCUUCGUCCUGAUCUUAAACAUGGACAAUUCUCGGAUUCAGAAGAACAAACUAUUGUGAAGCUUCAUUCAGUUUUUGGUAACAGAUGGUCAUUGAUAGCAGCCCAGCUGCCAGGACGCACUGACAAUGAUGUCAAAAACCACUGGAACACCAAGCUAAAAAAGAAACUGUCAGGCAUGGGUAUAGACCCUGUCACCCACAAGCCAUUCUCUCAUCUAAUGGCUGAAAUUGCCAACACAUUGGCACCACCACAGGCAGCUCACCUAGCUGAAGCAGCCCUCGGCUGCUUCAAAGAUGAGGUGCUCCACCUUCUUACCAAGAAGCCAAUUAACUUCCAGGGCCAACAUUCGACUGCAACACUGGCGAAUAACAUCACCGAUUACAUUAAUUUUAAGCCAGAAGAAAAGGACGACACUGUUGAGAAGAUUAAGCUUGACCUGUCAAAGGCCAUACAACAAGAACCUGAAAUGAUACACUCAAAUAAACCUUGGGACUCCACUGCAGCAACAUCUGCAUGUUUUGCAAUGCCAUACAGUGUUUUUCCAACAAUGCCUGGGUUUCAAUUUAGUCCAGCAUCUUUUGGCAAUAAAGAGGAUGCAUCACCAUGGAGCCAAAGUGUAUGUACUGGAAGCACAUGCACAGCCAUGGAUCAGCAAAACCAGUUGCAUGAAAAACUUGAAGAAGAAAAUGGGGACGAUUCUGAGGCUACAAAGGAAAUUAGAAAUCUAUCAAAUAUAUUCAACCCGGACUGCGUCGUUUGGGAUUUACCAGCAGAUGAUUUAAUUAACCACAUGGUAUAAGAAACAUUACA